AUGCGUUGCGUUGCGUUGGACUGUGUGCGCAAUUCUUUGCUGGUGUGCGUGUGUGCGGGAGAGCGAGAGCGCGAAGAGAGUCGUUAUAGUCAUUUUGUUGGUAGAAUUAGUGUUGCUGAGAGAGCGCUCAGUGUCAUAUACAUACAUAUGUACAUACACGUGGUGGAGGGAAAAGGCCUUAUAAAACUUUUUGGCCUGUUACUUUCAUACAAACAUACGAUCACGGAACGUUUCUUGAUGUUUGUCGUUUUGGAAGUCGUGAUAGUUCGAGAAAACUAUCGCUUUAUUAGUGUGAACGCACGCACAUCGUAAGCGUUGGUGUCAUCUCCAAUUGAAUAAUAGAAUUUGACUUGCUUGAUAUUGUUUUACUAAUAUUGCCCGGGACUAAGAGCGAUAUGUCGAACAAAAUUGAAGUCUCGCUUCCGGAGGAGGAACUGGAUUGGAUACAAUUGCGCCAGGACCUGGGACCCGUUGCCGAGGUGGAAACGACCAAGGAGAAGUUGCAGCGCAAGAUCAAGGAGAAUCCGCUGGUUCCGUUGGGAUGUUUGGCCACUACAGCGGCGCUCACAGCUGGCUUAUACAACUUUCGCACUGGCAAUCGCAAGAUGUCGCAGCUGAUGAUGCGAAGUCGUAUCGCGGCUCAGGGAUUUACCGUUAUGGCCCUAGUUGUCGGCGUCGUCAUGACCUACACUGAUAAAAAAUAACUACAACGAUAUUAUUAUGAACCCAAAUAUAUAGGCUGAAUUUGCAUUCAGUUGGAUUCUGUUAUUUUUUUUUUUUUAGUCCCAUGUUACAAAAAGCUAAUACUAAGGGCUGCAAAUUUGUAUAAAUAUUUAAAUAUACGCUAACCAUUACAUAGAUGGUAUCUAAAAGAUGCCUAUAGAUAAUACUUAUAAAAUGUCUCAAUUUAUUGUAAUCAAAUGUGGGAAAUCUUAAGGGGCUACUAUUAAUGUGAUAGUUUUAGCUGUGAUUAAAAAAUAGUUUC